AUGGAGGACCGACAUACUAUCCUUCCCGACUUCCAACUUUCCCCCACCACAUCGGGCAUCCCUCAUCAGUUUGCGGCCGUGUACGACGGCCACUGCAGUGCUCGAGGCUCAGAGCACGCGGCUGACAGGCUGCAUGAGCUGCUCGCCGAGCAGCCCGAGAUCCAGACAUGCCAGGGCAUGCGCGAGGUGGACGACACGGCCAUCCAGCGCGCCUUUGCGCGCGCGUUCCACGAGAUGGACCUCGAGAUGGUGGAUGUGGCCAGCGCCGCGGGACAGCAGUACGGCACCACUGCCGUGUGCGCCCUGCGCAUCGGUCGCCUCAUGUACAUCGCCCACACCGGGGACUCGUGCGCGCUGCUGUGCCGGGGGGGGACCCUGGUCAGGCUGACGGAGGACCACAAGCCCGCCUCCAUGCCCACAGAACGCGCUCGCAUCGAGGGCCAGGGUGGCCGUAUCAUGUACAAGGAGGAUCGCGUGCUGAGCAAUCCGCGGGGCUCCCGCAUCUCGCGACUCAACAUGUCUAGGGCCCUGGGGGACGGCAACUUCAAGUCGCCCAAGCGUCUGGUGGAGGCGACGCCGGAUGUGGUGAGGGUGGCCCUCCGGCCCCACCGAGACCAGUUCUUCAUCUUGGCCAGCGAUGGUGUGCUGGAGGUGAUGAGCGAGGAUGAGGCCAUUGACAUCGUGAAGACGACUGUGGCAGGCAGUCCGCCCUCCGACGCUCUGGCAGGCCAGGCUGCGGCCGCCCUCAUCCGGAGGGCAACCGCGCUCCAGACUCGUGACAACAUGACUGCCGUUGUGGUACUGCUGGAGUGGUGA